GAUUAUCUUAAGACAUUGACUUUUAUUUCCCCUUUCUGAAAUCAUUCAAGAAAUUGAAAACUCUGAGAAGAAAUGUCGAGAAUUAGGUCGAUAAAUAUUCACUUCGCGUGCGGGUGUCUUCCGCCCCCACUAUCUCCAGAACCCCUACUCGGACUCUCCACCCUCAGCUAGGACUAUGACGUAGGAGUUUUCAAGCUUGAGCUAUCGGGUAAGAUACUUGUCGCAAACCAUUACCUGACCGCAAACCAACAACUGGUACACAGCUAUUUAAACAUCUGCCUCCCCAAAUACAUUCUCAUCCCAUACCUACCAAUCUAAUCCCAAUCUUCUCCUCAAUUGUAAAACCACCACUUACACACGAGACACGAAGAUGGACGUAUGUACCCCUCCUACUCCUCCAUACCCAAGCACCACAAGCGCAGUCGAGUACAAGUCUAACAAGAUAUAACAAACCAGGUCUUCUACGCAUACACCUACGGAACCGCAGGAUGGAUGGCGAUCCAAGCCAUGCCAUUGAUCAUCUCCCCAACAGUAAUCAUCAUGCUUCUCUCCCCCGAAGUGCGGGAACCAAGUCGUACGUCCUCAUCCUCCCCGACAAGACAGUGAAAUCCCACCUCAAUUGUCACUUUAGUAUCAAGAAAAAACAUUUGCUAAUUCUCAUUGGGAUAUUCAGCGCUGGAGGGAUACUUCGCCCGCUCACUGGGCUUCUCACUCCUCACCCUCGGACUAAUAAUCGCACUUCUUACGGGUUCAAUCCCAUUAACAUCCACGAGUUCGUCUCCCUCCCUCUCCCCUCCCAUAAACACCCAACCCUCCCACAAACUAACUCCCACUCCCAGCAACAAGCACCGCAAUAACCACCUCUCAAACCGACCCCAAAGCGCCCUACGCCGUGCCCGUCCUGCUCAUCUCGCUCCUCUACCACUCAACCGUUGCUUUCUACUGCUACGCGCGCUACACGACGGGCGGCACGUUCUGCUUCGCCCUCGGCAGCGUGGUCUCGGCCGCCCUGGGGAGUGUGGCGUUGUGGUGUGUGAUGUUUGCGAGUAGUGGGGGACGCAUUAGUCGGAAGACGGGGGCGGAUAAGAGGACGAGUGGGUGGCCGUUUAAGAAUUCGGAGAGUGCGAGGGAGAGGAAGAAGGUUGCUAGGGGGAAGAGUGGUUGA